AUGGCAUCCCCCACCUCGGACGAUAAAAAUGGCUUCGACCAAGAAGCGGUUGGCCUUCCGGACUACCAGAUCCCGCCUCCCGACCUCACGCUUCUGCAACGUCUCACAUUUCGCAGACCGGAGCGAUAUACCGACAACAUGAAGAAAAUGCUCGGCGCCGUCGCUGGGGGCAUCGGCCGCCAGCCCACCCAGGACGAAGUGAACGUCCUCUGCCACAUCGCCUACAAGGAAGCGCAGACCGUUGCCUGGGUAGUUCCCUUGAGCGCCGUGUUGGGCGCUACUCUGACGUGGAUCGGCCGCCGUACCUACCGCUUCCCGUUCUUCCAGCCCAAGUUUGUCAAGUUCAACCCCGAUUUGUUUCCUACCGCGAAGGCGCCGUUUGUGCAAGGCCGUCUGGCGAACCGGCUGUGGCACAACACGAGGUUCGUGGCCUACUUCGCCCUUUCCAGUAUACUGAUUGCCCCUUUCAUGGGCUCGUAUGCGACCGCGGUGGCCAUGGCUACCGCUCAGCGCGAUGAGCGUCUCGCUCAGUUCCGCAAGGACAUGAAGCCGGAAAGGUUGGUCUUGACCACCGCUGCCAAGUUGCCGUCCAUCGAACUCGACCGGCAACGACAGCGGACAGUGUCUGCCAUACAAGCGCUCGAGAGAGAACUGGCCAAGUUCCCCACGGAAGAUCAAGUGGCCCUGAAAGCCGGGCCCGAAAACGCCGACAAGGAGGUCCAGGGACUUCAGCAGGCUAUUGCCUUGUUGCAGGGAAAAAUUGCAGAGUACCGCAGGAUCUUGGAUCACCUUGAUGAACUCAUCGAGAAGAGGAGAAAAGGCGGCGUCGAUGGUGCCUCGGCACAGAACCAGGACUACGAGACUCUUAGUGGAUCGGGCUUCGCCGAUGGCUACACCCUACCCACUCAGUUGAACAAUGUUCCUCCUUUAGACUCGUCUAGAGAUCCGGAGGAACGCCGCGGAUGGGGUUCAAAGAACUCGACAUUCCGACAAAGCAGCAGUGCAUCCGACGACCCGGAUUUUGACGACGCAUCGCCUAGUGCGCCUAAUACACCAAACACCGGGCUCCAGUCAUCGACUCAGUCAUCGAAAACUGGCUCGGCGUGGGAUCGCCUACGCCAGGCUUCGAGACAGCCCCCGCGGACACCGGGUGGUUCCCAGAACCAGCAGAGCGAGUCUGAUGCGUACUACGCUUAUGAUGCCGUCGACAAGGAGAAAACCGCAGAGAAGGACAAGGCGCAAGCCGAAUUCGAUGCGAUGAUCGAGAGGGAGCGGAAGGGUGACGCAGGGCGAAGCAAUGAGCGGAAUAGUCGCUGGUGA